GGUGCAUGUCUGGUUUUCAGUGGCUGGAAAAAGCAGCCUCAAUUUAAUUGGGUUUAGAGUUUGAGUUUGGAGGAAGCCAGUAGGACUGUCCUCACUGAGAGCAUGGAGUCCUACAGCUUCUGUGCCCUGUGCCUGUGUCUGCUGAGUGGCCUGUCUGCAACAGAGGCUGCUGCUCCAGCUGAUGAGGAAGAUCCUGCCUUCUGGAGACGUCAGGCUCAGGAGUCACUCCAAGCUGCCCUCAGCCUUCAUCACAACACCAAUGUGGCCAAAAACAUCCUUCUCUUCCUUGGAGAUGGAAUGGGCAUCACCACCCUAACAGCAGCCCGGAUUCUGAAGGGACAGCUGGAGAACAGGAGUGGGGAAGAGACAGUGAUGACCAUGGACACUUUCCCAUAUGUGGGUCUGGCCAAGACCUACAGCGUGGACUUCCAGAUCCCAGACAGCGCCAGCACGGCCACAGCCUACCUGUGCGGGGUGAAGUCUAACCUGAACACUGUGGGACUGAGCGGUGCUGGCCGCAAUGGGGUGUGUCGUUCACAGAAGGGAAAUGAGGUCACCUCCAUCCUCAGAUGGGCCAAAGAUGCAGGCAAGUCUGUAGGGAUCGUGACAACGACGCGGGUUCAACAUGCCACCCCAGCUGCGGCCUAUGCGCAUAGUGCCAGCCGCAAGUGGUACGCAGACUCAGACAUGCCAGCCAGUGCCAAGGAAGGGGGCUGCAGGGAUAUUGCCCACCAGCUGAUCAACAACAUUGACAUUGAUGUGAUCAUCGGAGGAGGCCGGAAGUACAUGACCCCCCGCGGCACCAAGGACCCCGAAUAUCCUUAUGACCUGGCAGCAGCGGGGAGACGUGCAGAUGGGCGGGACCUGAUCGCUGAAUGGCAGAAGAGCAAAGCUGGAAAAGUUGCUCACUAUGUUUGGAACAAGAAAGACUUUGAUGCUAUUGACUCUAACACCACAGACUACCUGAUGGCUCUUUUUGAACCUGGGGACCUGAGGUUUGAGCUGGAGAGAGACCCUGUUAAGGACCCAUCGGUCAUCGAGACCACUGAGAAGGCUAUCCAGAUCCUGCAGAAAAACCCCAAGGGCUUCUUCCUGCUGGUGGAAGGUGGGCGUAUUGACCAGGGGCACCAUGCCAGCAGGGCGUCCAUGGCACUGCAUGAGGCUGUCGCACUGGACAGAGCAGUGGCACGGGCACUGGAGAUAACCAAUGAGAAUGACACGCUGACCCUUGCCACUGCGGACCACUCCCAUGCCUUCAGCUUCAAUGGAUAUCCCUUCAGAGGGAAUCCAAUCCUUGGAAAAUCCCCACUAUUUGGGAAGGAUUCCUUACCCUUUACAACACUGAUGUAUGGGAAUGGCCCAGGACAUAAAAUUGUGAACAACAAGCGGCCAGAUAUCAGAGGAGUAGACACAACCUCCAAUGCUUACGUGCAGCAGUCAGCUGUGCCCAUGGACACAGAGACGCAUGGGGGGGAAGAUGUGGCCGUGUUCGCCCGCGGCCCCAUGGCCCAUCUCUUCCAUGGUGUCCAGGAGCAGAACUAUAUCCCUCAUGCUCUGGCGUACGCGGCCUGCCUUGGAGAGAACCUGGGUCAUUGUCUUUCCCCCUCCUCUACCACUGAGCAAGACGUGAUGAACACCGCUCCUCGACUGCCUUCACAUCUCAUCGCCCAGCUGACUGUGGGGAUCCUGGCCACGACCCUUCUGCACUGACCAGGGCUUCCUCAGUCGUUAGAUCCACAGAGCUAAAAUCUUAGUCCUGUUGUGUUUCGACAAAGGUUGUAAAAUGUUAAUGCUAGACAUUCUGUCUGUGUACUCAUUCCAAAUAGUUUUGAAAUAUUUGCAGCCCCAGUCCCUUCUCAUUUUGAAUGAGAACUGGGCAUUGUUCUGGCCAGGGGAGAUAGUAGAAGUCUGUCUCAUGCUCCUCAAGGCAACCACAUAUUGUCUACCACUGAGAGAUUCUAUUCAAUUCACCAGAGCAUUCCAAGUAGUAAAGGUCAGUGAGUGUUAAUGUAUCUAUAACUGAUGAUGAGCUUUCAUUGUGAUUUCUGUAUUAAA